AUGAACAAAGUGGUAGCGGAAAGGCUAGACUUGGACCCGGAAAAUACGCACCCAAAGAACGGGGCCUAUCUGGUGCACGGGUUGCCGCUGAUGCGGACCCGUGACCUGCCCAAACAAGCCCAUUGGUUCCAUGGCCUCGAGAAAUUCUAUAAGGCCCUUGAAAAGCUUGGCCAAGUGGUUCCGAUUCCAGAAAACUUGAACCAAAUAGGAGACAAUAUUUGUUGGGGAUUAUUGAAUUUUGUGGAAAAGAAAGAGCUAGGCAAGGAUGGUUUGCAAUGGUUGAAGAUCAAUCUCUCGAAUAAUUAUGGGAAUAAUAAGGCUAGCUUGGAUGAUUGGGCAAAGUUUAUUGAGGAGCAAUUGGAGUUGGUCAUUGAUUCUGCAGAUCAACCAUUAGAGGGAAACCUUGUCCCAGGCAAGAAGCCCGGAGACGUCUACUUGAAGGUUGCCAUCAAGGUUUCAAAACUCCUUGACUUCAACACCACUAAUGGUCACGAUAUCGCUAAGGCGCUUAAAGGGCAUAUCAAACGCAAAGUGGUCUAA